AUGGACCUUCAAGCUGUCUUGCCUCCGGGAGUGUUUCCUGCUGCUCUGCGGCGCCUUCCUCAAAUGUACCUCAAAAUGUCGGGAGAUCCAUUAAUUGCGGGCGCCAUGGGCUUGCAUGGCGUGUCCACCCAAUUUACGUGGUUCCGCACAUUUCUUGUGAUCGAAGAGCUUUUUCAGUUGCCUUUGUUCAUUCUGGGAAUUUAUAUGCUCAAAAAGAUUGUCAAUUCUGCUGCUAUCCUAUAUACCAUUCCUUAUUGUACCACUGUUAAUGAGUAUCGAUGGGUCAUGGUCGCUGAAUCCAUUGCUCGUGCUUCAAAGAUGGCCUUCGAGGCGUCUCAACUUGUCACAGGUGAAGAAAGAGUUGCGGCACUUCAUGCGAUUCGACAAUCACUCGAAGAAAACAAGACAGUAAUUUUGCAAGCUAAUAAACAAGAUAUGGAGGUAGCCCAGACACUUGUUGAGGCUGGCAAGUUAGCACCCUCGCUCGUUAAAAGGCUUGAUCUUGCUUCUGGUGAUAAAUGGGAUUCCAUGCUUCAAGGUAUCACUGAUGUAGCCAAUCUCCCCAAUCCCAAUGGAGUAGUCACAUAUGCGAGAAAGCUUGACGAUGACUUGGAGCUUUAUCGAGUAACAUGCCCUAUCGGAGCACUUUUGGUUAUAUUCGAGGCAAGACCAGAAGUUGUUGUCAAUAUUGCUUCGCUUGCUAUUAAAUCUGGAAAUUCUGCGAUACUCAAGGGUGGAAAGGAGUCAGCUAAAACAGCACAUCAACUUUCGCUUGCGAUCCGUUCGGCCUUGGCCAAGAGCAGUCUGGACGAAUACUAUAUCCAAACAGUUUCCACCCGCGAUGAAGUCUCGGCGCUCCUUGAGAUGGACGAUUACAUUGACUUGGUGAUUCCACGUGGGAGCAAUGAACUCGUUAAAUCUAUUCAGCAUAGCACCCGCAUACCCGUUAUGGGCCAUGCUGACGGCCUCUGUGCCGUGUAUUUGGACGAGACGGCUGAUGUAAACAAGGCCGUAAGAGUCACUGUGGACUCGAAGAUUAACUAUCCGGCGGCAUGCAAUGCGGCCGAGACGCUCCUGGUUCAUGCGGCGCUCCUUAAUACUGUUUGGCCGAAAGUUGCCGAAGCGCUAUUGACCAAUAAUGUCGAGUUACGAUGUGAUGCCGAAUCUCUUGACUCUCUGGGAGAGUUGGCUCAAGCGCGUCCUCAGCUAGUCAAACCCUCAGUACCGUCUGACUAUAAGACCGAAUUUCUAUCUCAUACACUAGCGGUACUCACAGUUCCUUCUCUUGCGGCCGCGGUCUCUCACAUCAAUCUGCAUUCAUCCCAUCAUACGGACUCAAUAGUUACUGAGAACCAGGAAAAUGCUUCGAUAUUUUGCCGAGCCGUAGAUAGUGCUGGGACCUUUGUAAAUGCGAGUACUCGUUUUGCAGAUGGCUUCCGAUAUGGCUUCGGAACCGAAGUCGGCAUCAGUACUGGCAGAACACACGCCAGGGGUCCGGUAGGCUUGGAAGGCCUGGUUAUCUACAAGUAUCUGCUACGAAGUAGCUCGGGAGAUGGACACAUCGUUGGGGAGUUUGGAGUCGGAGAGGGAAAGAAGAGAUUCCAGCACACUGAAAUUCCAACAAAGAGUGUUCCCUUCUAG